AUGAAGGAAGUGGUAGUUGGUGAGACGCAAAAGAAGAUCAGCGGUAUUGAGUUCAGUGCUUUAAAUGCUGCUGAUAUUGUUGCGCAGUCUGAAGUUGAGAUCACAACUCGUGACUUGUUCGAUCUGGAAAAGGGAAGAGAACAGAAGACCGGGGGUGCAUUGGAUCGCAGGAUGGGUGUUUCCUCGUCAUCCCAAGAAUGUAUGACCUGUCAUGGGAAUUUGGCUUCCUGUCAUGGUCAUUUCGGCCAUAUCAAAUUGGCAUUGCCCGUGUUCCAUGUCGGGUACUUCAAGUCCACCAUCCAGAUUCUUCAAUGUAUCUGUAAAGACUGUUCCGCUGUUCUACUGUCGGAUAAAGAUAGAAGAGACUUUUUGAAGGAGUUGCGUCGACCCGGUAUUGAUAAUUUGAGGAAGAUGAGCAUCUUGAAAAAAGUUAUAGACCAGUGUAAAAAACAGAGAAGAUGUUUGAAGUGUGGUGGCCUUAACGGUGUGGUUAAAAAGGCAGCAGCUGGUGCGGGGACUGCGUCACUGAAAAUCAUCCACGACACUUUCCGUUGGGUUGGGAAAAAAAUGGUACCAGAGAAAGAUAGAUGGAUUGGUGAAUGGAAUGAGAUCUUGACCCACCAUCCAGAAUUAGAAAGGUUUGUCAAACGGUGUUCUGACGAUUUGAACCCGCUGAAGACACUAACUCUAUUUAAACAGCUGAAGUCUGAAGACUGUGAACUGCUGGGUAUCAAUUCUACCGUUAGAUCAGGUCGCCCAGAAACGUAUAUCUGGAGGUACCUUCCAGCACCACCGGUGUGUAUAAGACCAUCUGUUACGAUGCAAGACUCACCAGCUUCCAAUGAAGAUGACUUGACGGUAAAACUAACCGAAAUUGUUUGGACGUCUUCCCUUAUCAAAGCAGGUUUGGCAAAGGGUAUAUCCAUUAACAACAUGAUGGAACAUUGGGAUUACUUGCAACUUACCGUGGCAAUGUACAUAAAUUCCGAUUCCGUCAACCCAGCUAUGUUACCAGGGGCAUCGAGCGGUGGUGGUAAAGUAAAGCCCAUAAGAGGGUUUUGUCAACGUUUGAAAGGUAAACAAGGUAGAUUUAGAGGUAAUUUGUCAGGGAAGCGGGUUGACUUUUCGGGUAGAACCGUUAUCUCUCCAGAUCCGAACUUAUCAAUUGAUGAGGUUGCAGUACCGCAACUCGUUGCCAAAGUAUUAACCUUCCCGGAAAAGGUAACAAGAUACAACAAACGAAAACUGCAACAACUUAUCAUCAAUGGUCCCACAGUUCAUCCAGGUGCAAACUAUCUUUUGAAGAAAAAUGAGGAGGCCAGACGUAACCUACGUUAUGGUGAUAAAUUAAAGCUAGCCAAAAAUCUGCAGUACGGUGACGUUGUAGAAAGACACCUGGAGGACGGUGACGUCGUAUUGUUCAACCGUCAACCAUCGUUGCAUAGAUUAUCCAUUCUUUCCCAUUAUGCUAAAAUUCGCCCUUGGAGAACAUUCCGUUUGAACGAAUGUGUCUGUACACCAUAUAAUGCAGAUUUCGAUGGUGACGAAAUGAAUUUGCACGUUCCUCAAACAGAAGAAGCAAGAGCAGAGGCCAUCAACCUGAUGGGUGUUAAGAACAAUUUGUUGACUCCAAAAUCUGGUGAACCUAUUAUUGCGGCCACCCAAGAUUUCAUCACUGGGUCAUAUCUGAUUUCCCAUAAGGACUCCUUUUUCGAUUUGGGUUCGUUGACCCAGUUGUUAUCGAUGAUGUCUGACGCCAAACUUCAGUUUGACAUACCUCCGCCAGCCAUUAUGAAACCUUACUAUCUAUGGACUGGUAAACAAGUUUUUUCUUUGCUGAUUAGACCUAAUAAGAAAUCGCCCGUCGUUAUCAACUUGGAUGCUAAAAAUAAGGUUUAUAUUCCGCCAAAGGAUAAGUCCUUUCCAAACGAAAUGUCUAUAAACGACGGUUUUGUUAUUAUUAGAGGGUCAGAAAUACUGAGCGGUGUCAUGGACAAGUCCGUGCUCGGUGAUGGUAAAAAGCAUUCUGUUUUCUAUACAAUUCUAAGAGAUUAUGGGCCACAGGAGGCAGCUAAUACGAUGAACCGAAUGGCUAAGUUAUGUGCUCGUUAUUUAGGGAAUAGAGGUUUUUCCAUCGGUAUCAGCGAUGUUACUCCUAGUAGUGACUUAAGGGAUAAAAAGGAAGAGAUGGUCAGGUUUGCAUAUGCCAAAUGUGACGAGCUGAUUGAUAUGUUUAAAAAUGGCAAACUUGAAACCCAACCAGGUUGUAAUGAGGAACAAACGCUGGAAGCCAAAAUUGGUGGUUUGCUUUCCAAGGUCAGAGAAGAAGUCGGUGACGUCUGUAUUAACGAAUUGGAUAACCUGAAUGCACCUUUGAUUAUGGCUACUUGUGGGUCGAAAGGUUCUACAUUGAAUGUUUCCCAAAUGGUGGCAGUUGUCGGUCAACAAAUUAUUUCCGGUAACCGUGUUCCAGAUGGUUUCCAAGAUCGUUCGCUACCUCAUUUCCAGAAAAACUCCAAAACUCCACAAUCUAAGGGUUUCGUGAGAAAUUCUUUCUUUUCAGGUUUAACACCACCCGAGUUCUUGUUUCAUGCUAUCUCGGGGCGUGAAGGUUUGGUGGAUACCGCUGUUAAGACUGCCGAAACAGGUUAUAUGUCUCGUAGAUUGAUGAAGUCAUUAGAGGAUUUGUCUUGUCAGUACGAUGAUACCGUCAGAACUUCAGCUAAUGGUAUUGUGCAAUUUACUUAUGGUGGUGAUGGUUUAGACCCCCUUGAUAUGGAAGGAAAUGCCAAACCGGUCAAUUUCAUAAGAUCCUGGGAUCAUGCAUGCAACAUCACAUUCAACAAAAAUGAAACUGGGCUCCUCCCAUAUGAAAUCGUACGUGAGACGGAUAAUGUCCUAAAACCGCUGGAAGAAAAGCUGAUCAGAUAUGAUAAUCUGGGAGCGGUUGUACCAAAAGAGCUUAUUGAUGAUGAAAGAUACGCUGAUCGUCAUGAUGCUGAAAGGGCGUUUUACAAAUCUUUGAGGAUGUACAUGCAGGAAAAGGCUGCAAGGUUGGCUCAAAUCAGAAAUACAAGAGGGUUGUUAGAAAUGACCCAAAAUGGUGGUGACACCUCAAUGGAAGUUGUUUCUUCGGAACUGCAGGCUUCUGUUGACCAAGUGUAUAAAAUCACGAAGAAGAACGUGAACGCUUUCUUAACCAUUGCUUUGCAUAAGUAUCAUAGGGCAAAGGUGGAACCUGGUACUGCAGUGGGUGCUAUUGGUGCACAGUCCAUUGGUGAACCCGGGACUCAAAUGACGUUGAAAACUUUCCAUUUUGCCGGUGUUGCCUCGAUGAAUGUUACCCUCGGUGUGCCUCGUAUCAAGGAAAUUAUUAACGCUUCAAAAGUUAUAUCCACGCCUAUCAUCAAUGCUGUCCUAGUGAAUGAAGGAGAUGAGAGAGCUGCUAGAGUUGUCAAGGGUAGAAUUGAGAAGACUUUAUUGUCCGACCUCGCAUUUUACAUACAGGAUGUUUACAGGGGCAACAUGUCUUAUCUAGAGAUAAGGGUAGAUUUGGCAACUAUUGAGAAACUACAGCUGGAAUUGACCAUGGAAGAUAUUGCGGUUGCUCUUUCAAGGGCUCCAAAACUGAAAAUUCAGACAACUGACAUUCACAUCCUAGGUAAGGAUAAAAUCCAUGUCAACGUUUACCCUGAAGGGAUGAAGGCAAAAUCGAUAUCUACAUCCGCUAAAGAGCCAAGUGAAAAUGAGGUUUUCUAUAAGAUGCAAACCUUACGUCGUUCUUUGCCCGAUGUCGUGGUUAAAGGGUUGCCUGAUAUUUCGAGAGCAGUUAUUAAUAUUCGUGACGAUGGCAAAAGAGAACUGCUUGUUGAAGGAUAUGGGCUGCGUGAGGUCAUGUGUACUGACGGUGUUAUUGGUUCGAAAACGAUAACGAACCAUGUGUUGGAGGUCAACUCAGUACUUGGUAUUGAGGCAGCAAGAGCUAGUAUCGUCGGUGAAAUCGACUACACCAUGAGUAAUCACGGUAUGAGCGUGGAUCCUCGUCAUAUUCAAUUGUUAGGUGAUGUCAUGACGUAUAAGGGUGAGGUAUUGGGUAUUACACGGUUUGGUUUGAGCAAAAUGAGAGAUUCUGUUUUACAAUUGGCCUCUUUCGAGAAGACUACGGAUCAUUUGUUUGAUGCCGCUUUCUAUAUGAAGAAGGACGCUGUAGAAGGUGUUUCGGAAUGUAUUAUUCUGGGCCAAACAAUGUCGGUGGGUACUGGUUCUUUCAAGGUUGUGAAAUACAACGAUGUUUCGGAGCGCGACUUGAAAGUGAGACCAACUCUCUUUGAGAGUCUAGCAUCCGAAACCGCUAUCAAGGCGAACUAG